GCAUGCACAGUGCAGUUCUGGAACUCAGGCAAGCUUUACAUACAUACAGUUCAUUUCUCACUGGAACAGGCUCCUGAAAAGAAUGGACGCCGACAUGGACUUGCUCCACAGCUCUGGAGUGAGCAUGGUGCAGUACCUCCAGACCCACUACAAAGACUCCCAGAGAUGGUUCCUGUUCAUCUCCUUUGCUGCAGACCUCAGGAACACCUUUUUCAUCUUCUUCCCCAUCUGGUUCCACUUGAAGGAGUCAGUGGGAGUCAAACUCAUCUGGGUUACUGUCAUCGGGGACUGGCUCAACCUCGUUUUCAAGUGGAUUCUCUUUGGGCAGAGACCCUACUGGUGGGUUCAUGAGACCCCCUACUACAGCAACUCUUCAGUGCCUCACAUUGAGCAGUUCCCAGUCACCUGUGAAACCGGACCAGGCAGUCCCUCUGGCCACUCCAUGGGUGCAUCUGGAGUUUACUACGUCAUGGUCACCUCCAUUCUGGCCAUGGUGCUUCACAAAAACAAGCCUUCAAACAGAAUCAAAAACUGGUGUGUCCGUGCUGUUCUGUGGUCAGUGUUCUGGGGUGUCCAGCUCUGUGUCUGUAUGUCCAGGAUCUUCCUGGCUGCCCACUUCCCACACCAGGUCAUUGCAGGAGUCAUCGCAGGUAUGAUCGUAGCCGAAGCUUUCAGCCACAUCCAGUGGAUCUAUGGUGCCAGUCUGAAGAAGUACCUGCACACCACCCUGUUCCUGUUCUGCUUCACUGUGGGUUUCUACCUGCUCCUCAAAGUCCUGGGAGUGGACCUACUCUGGACGCUGGAAAAAGCCAAGAGGUGGUGCGUCCGAGCCGAGUGGGUCCACAUGGACACCACCCCCUUCGCCAGCCUGCUCCGCAACCUGGGGACCCUCUUCGGACUGGGGCUCGCCCUCAACUCACCGCUCUACAUGGAGAGCUGCCGAGGAAAACAGGGUCACAGCGCCCCCUUUAGGCUGGGCUGUAUCGCUGCCUCGCUGGUGGUGCUCCAUCUCUUUGACUCCUUCAAACCCCCGACCAAUAUAGAAGCCUUGUUUUACCUGCUGUCUUUCUGUAAGAGUGCAGCUGUGCCGCUGGCCACUGUGGGCAUCAUUCCUUACUCCAUCUCCAGCAUGCUGAGCCGGCACGACAGGAAGCUUUUAUAAAGCACAGAAUCUCUACUAAUGUGGACUGGGCUCUAUAAAGAAUAGGCUUUAUUCACCUUGUAAAAUAAUGUGGUUAUAAAAUUGCGAGCUUUUUCCAUUGUCACAGAAUACUCUACACAGCUCAAUGACUCUUAUCUCAUCUUCUGGAGUGAGUGCUCUUUAGGGUGCUGUCCAUAGCUCAGCGAACAUGAUUGAUACAGACUGAAGGCUGCCAACUUUACCCCAUAUCAUACAUAUCUAAGCUGAUACUGUGACACAGCAAGGCAUCCUAGAUGCUUUUUCUACACUGAGUGACUGAGUUUUUCCCCAAGAUGUCACAUCUGCCAACCAGAGGACUGCAGAUCAGAAGUGACAGCAAUAAUGGAGGGAAUAAUGGACUAAAACGUGGUAUGGUCCCUUCAUUGACAGAGGCAGCAAGCAACAAGUGAGAGACAGACAGUCCAUGGGUGAUGGUGAAUAAAGCAUUGUAGAGGCUCUGUUCUGUAUAAUGACAUUUUCUUUAAUGUUUAAUUAAUCCAGAAGCAUUAGUGAAACAUAUUCGGCCAAAGAGAAUGGGGUUGGCUGGCAUAAGGCAUGGAGCAGGCACACUUGUAUAUUGUUUUAAAACAAGAGUGACUUUUUUAUAUUUUCGGUGGAGCUCACAUGCAUUUGUGAGAAUUUUAUGCCUGUAUUGUGAACUUUGAAAUAGACACACUUCAGUUCUGACAUCUACUUACUCUUUAAGAGUGGGCAUUGAAAAAAGUAAAAUGCAGAGAGAUUCCACAUGUCUUAUAACACAUUGUAAAUACUUAUUUAACAAAUUAUACAACUACACAACA